ACAGAUAACGGACCCAAAAAUCCCUCCGUCUGCUGCAUGGAUGAUAAUUAUGUGAAUUAUGUGAAACGUUAUGAGUUUUGGUGUUUGCCAUACAGGGAGACGACAAUGCCGGCCACCGAUGUAGAAAUACACUGAAGUAAGUCAGUGAGAUGUCUCUGGCUCAGAGGGUUUUGUUGACCUGGGUCUUCACCCUGGUCUUCCUCAUCAUUUUGGUACUGAAACUGGACGGGAAGGUGCAGUGGAACUGGUUCCUCAUCUUCCUCCCGGUCUGGGUAUUUGAUGGCAUCCUCAUCCUCAUGCUUGCCAUCAAGAUGGCGGGCCGUUGCAAGCCCGGGUACGACCCACGCAACGGCUCUCCAGACCUGCGUCUACGUGCUUGGUACCUGACGGCCAUGCUCCUCAAGCUGGGCUUCUGCCUGACGCUGUGCGCCAAGCUGGAGAAGCUAGCUGAUGUAAAGCUGACGUUUGUGUGUAUACCACUGUGGACCAUGUUGCUGGGGGCGCUGGUGGAGCUGGGGCUGAAUAUCUUUCCUGAAAGGAGAGAGGCCUAAGAGCGAUGAAUCAUUACACCAACAACAAACCAAAACCUAUCAGAAAAUGGUUGAGAAUAUUUUUGUUGUUGGAUGACCAAGACUUUGUGAAAAUUUGAGCUUUUGUUUUGGCCUGAUUAUGUUUCCAGAAGACUGAGGCUCAGAAAUGAAUCAAAUCAUUAUAUUAGUAUUCAUCUUAAGAAUAAGAGACUUUGUGUAAAAAUCUAAAUUGUAGUGUGUACAGACCUCACAGGUGUAUGCUGUGAGAGCUUCAGCAUGGCAGGGACUCUCUCUAGCCUGGACUGUCUGUCCAUUCAUUUAAAAUGGUCAAAAUAGCUCAAAAAUGACUCAAUUUUCUUUAUAAAGAAAAAAUGCCGGAAAGGGAUCAACUGUAAAUGCAUACUGUCUACUGUGAAGCCUACACUAAAAGGAAACAACUUCCUCUAAUGUUUGCUUUUGUCUUGAACUCAAGAGGUUCAGUAUUGUUAUGUAUAUAGGCUAGCACAGCCGCUCUCGUAAAGAUAGCCACACAGGGAGGAUGUGAACAGUAUUUCAUUUUGACUCCACUUCCUUUAUUUAAGCUGCAGAACAUUAACUAUCACUCUUGGUACCGAAUCGUGGAGUGUACCUUUUGUUACAUAUGCUUUAGAUAUUGUGUGGCUUUAUUUAAGUCACAAACACUUUUCUUUUCAUUCCUGAUCUGUGCAGAGUAGUUGGCCAAAUAUUAUUUCACAAGUUAUGAAUUUAGAGGUGUUCGGUACAACAGCUUGAUUUGGUUGCAAUAACAUAAGGAAAUUGGAUAAUUGAGGAAAUCAGUUCAGGGCAUAAAAGCAUCUUUGGACAACUUGUGAUUUUCCCCCAGGCUACCCUCUCUACUCUGUACAAUGUCUCUUUUGUACCAUGUAAAUCAUCAUGUGCCCCAUGAAAAGCAGUAAGCUGUUAUUACUGUAGAUACAAGGUCCGUAGUUGCUAUGAAAAAAAAAACCUUCGACAUGUAUCCUGUAAAAGAUCAUGUUAUUACUGUAUAUUAAUUAUUAGGGUGCAAACAGUGCAUCAGAAUACUUUCUACUAGCUAGUAUUGUGUCAUCAUUGUUUCAUAUUUCAACUUUAUGGUACGGCUGACACUGUGGCAUGCAUGCCAUUUGUUUUGUGCCAUUUGAUUGUUUAUUUCAAAUACAUUCUUGGCAUUAUUUUUGCACUAUGGUAAAAUGAAAAGGAAUAGGUGUUUUGAGAAUGAAAGUAUUUGAUAAUUAUUGCACGUCUUUAAAGAAAGUAAAUGGAUUCUGUGUA